AAUUCGUACUCGACUAUCGGGUGAACAGCAUCGUAAGCGCAUCCUAAGUCGAUCCGGUUCGGUCGGGGUGUUUUCCAUUCGUGUGGCGUCGCGGUUUUAAGCCUACUAUUUAAUUUCUGCGAUCUUCGCUACGGUGGUCGUUCGAGUAUUUGUCCCUUUCGGGUUCCGGGACGGGAGAGGAGAAUUUAUUACGCGGAAAGUGCAUUCGAUUAUUACGCAGAGGGUGCAGUGAAGUGGAGGCUUGGCUCUACUGCGAAAGCACUGAUGCGUGUGUGACACAUUCGAGCGGUCUCUUUCGGUGGUGAAUGCAUUUCCCAGUCCGUCGUCGUUUUCGCAGUCGAUCGAAUGUGAACGUGAACCUUGGCCGAAUGUGAGAUUGUUCCAUGAGACGGAACCAUUUCGGGGAGGCCAUGUCGGGUAAAUAAUAAUAAAAAAUAAAGAAUAAAAUGAUACGACUUUCGAACCGUUGUGGUCACGGGUGAUACUUGUAGUACAAUGCAUUCGUAAUUUUAAUAUGAUUGAAGUUGCUGAAUCGAUGAUGUCGUUCUGAUUGCGACCACCAAAGUCUUUGUUGAUUGCCGAUCGAAGAUAGUGAAGUGGAGUGAGCAAUCGUGCUGUGAAUUGGUACCUUCGGCAGUUGAAACGCAGGGAGCGACAGUAAAAGAGUUUCUAAUUUCCUUUUCGCAUGAUUGCUUUGCUUAUUGUGUUACCAAUAAAUAUUUGAGAUUGAUGUGUUGUUUAUUUUUUCAUCUCCUUACUGCGAUAGCGGUUAGUGGCAAAGUAAUAACAUAAAUUGAUUAUCGGAAGGGAGAAAUUUUUUACAUGCUCAUCAAAUUCUGGUCAAUGUGUAUCUUAAUUUAUGAAAUGUUUUGACAGUGCGAGGAAAACAAAAACAAGUUCUCUUCGAGUAAAAUAAAACUAGUUCAGUGGAAGUUGAUCAUCGAGUAGCAAAAACGAAUGUUUCAUUGUAAAUAGCUGUUUACACAGCACUAGUGAAACGAAGUGUGUCGGAGUAAGAGAAACAGAUCUAAAGGAAUUAAAACCGGAUCAAAACAAGAUUCAUGUCAGUUUUUUUUACUCGAUAACGUUUCUUAGUUUCGUCUUCUUUGAAUCUCCGGAAACGAAAACGAUCGUCUGUUUAAACUUCAUCCUUUGGAUUACAGUGCAAUUUUUUUCUUGUGUUCCCGAAGGACUUACGGGUGGUCUCGCACCUGUAUUCGUGCAUGAGUAGAAAAAGGGUCAACAAGGAUUGUUUUGUGUUCCACUGACACGGUGCCACGCGCGAGAGCUAUCCUUGCUGGUGAGAAUCUCGCUCCGAUACGCGUAUGUAGUGGUGUGACGGACGCAGCAUCCAAAGUUCAAGUUCCAUCCGCAACGGUCAAACAUUUUCAACACUAUGACACCAGUGGCUUAACGCAGUAGAGAUUUUUUUCCAACGCGGCAUUCCGUGCACUCAUCGAAAGGUGCAAGAGCAGACAUCCAUCAGUGCAACACUUGAACCGUCGACAACGCCUCGACCUCCAACGCCACCGCCACUUUUCGACGCUGCUCACAAUAAUUUUGCUCCAUUAUUGAAAGUGAAUCACUUUUCACCGGUUAGCCGCUGGCCUACAUUUCACAAAAAAAAACUCAUUCGCCACCGCAGCCACUUGUUAAUCGUUACAAAUAAAGACAGAGCGAUUUUCAAUCGAUUUCGGUGAAACUAGAGAUACUACGAUUGUUUCAGAUUUCACGUUUUUUUUUCUUCGGUGGGUUCGCGGUUAUACGACCGACAAAAAAGAAGCGGAAAAAGCCAUUUCGAUAUUGUGUAUUAAUGUUUGCAAAAGUUUUGAUUGAUUUGCUUUGAGUGUUUUCAGUUUGAUUAUCGAUCCAUCAGCUGAAUGGAGUGAAAAGUUUUGGAAGGCUGUGAUUUUGAAUGCCAGGCGAGUUAGAAGAAAAAGUGAUGAUGUGAUUUUUGUUCACCGAUGGAAAUAAAAGAUCACAAAAAGUGAGUCGUUGUAACGUCGAUGAACGUUUCUCGCCUCUGGGUAGAUGGAGACACGUUCUAAAGUUGGCCCGAGAUGGUUCUAAGAAAAGCAAUCAAGACGCGUAUCAGCAAAUAUUAGAAUACGGAGAGUGGGUGCGAGAGACUGUUGGCGUGCUUUAGAAUUGAAAAUUUCAUUAUUUUAUAAAAACGCAACGAGGAGGACAAAAAUAACCACAAUUAGCUGAGCAAGUCUGGUAAAAAAACAUAGUUUUUCACUUCAAACGAAAAGAGGAUUAUAAUUGGAUCGUGUUCGCAGGAUCGCAAGGAUCAGCAAAGCGCUUCAUUCAAGAUGUCAGCCGGACUGAUGUCAUGUGUUCGCGAGAACUCGCCACCCCUGGAGGGGUCUCCUGCCGCUGUCGGAAACAACGGUGGCCAACUCAUCGGAAUCCACAACAUCACCAACAACAGUGGCAGUCAGUUUCUCGAUCCGAACGACAUGCCGAUAACCAUCACCACACCGGAACAUCUACACCAAGGACCCGGCGACACAAGUACCACUCGCCGAAAGCGAUUUCACCCUCUUCGGAAUUUACGGCGAAUCUUCCGACGCCGAACGGUAUCAUCGGCUGAUGCCACACCUCGGCAGCUGCUGGGUAAAAGCCAAACCCACAUUCACUUUGCCACAUCCGGUUGCUCCACUACGGAUGCCACACUGCCUCGCACCGGGCUAGGGGUGCCGAUCACAAUUCGGUCCGAUUCAGGAGGUGGCGUGGGCGGCGGUGGUGGCGUUGUCGGUGUGGUUGGAACUGGCCUCUACAAGCGAGAAACCUACCGGCUGCGGGACGCGGAUGAUCUGGACAAGGACAUGUCGGAUUACCAACGGAGUUUGAGCGAGGGUCGGCUGGUGGAUAGUGACAUCAGCCGCGAUGGACUGUCCCAGUCGCAUGACAGCGUGUUUUCAGAAUCUGCCGGUACCGCAAGCAGCCUGUCGAUCACACUUAAGAACGAACUGGCCGAUGUACUGCGCAAAAGACGAAAGGAUCGCCAGCACGAGGCCUCCGAUGAGGAUCUCGGGCUGCCUCAUAGUCCCAUCACGCCCCAACGCAAAGAUCGAACUAUCAAUAAGAGUGAAGGAUCACUCAGUAUUCUCAGCAUGACCAGCUCGGAUCUGGACCUGGAAGAACGCUCCGGUUCCAAUGCCAGCGGAUAUAAUCUUUUUCACAUGGACUCGUCCAGUUCCAGUGCGUGCAACCGAUCCUCGGAUAAUGCGGAUGAUCAGGUAUCAGAGUCUCCAGCGUCGAAACUUAGUCAUUCGGCUGCCAGACACAAGCUUGCUGUUAAACCAAAGAAAAAGGGACCUACACGAGCCCGUGCUCGUCCACGAGAGUCAUCGGUUCUACCCGCAACACCAGAAGUCAACGAAGAUUCGUUGAAGCUCUCCACUUUAGAUAUCUCGACGAAUCAUGACAUGAGCGAGUCAGAAGAGAAAUGUCAUUCCUUGACCUUUGGUAUCAAUCCGGGCGCUUUGACAACUCCUCAGCCGGUUUUAAGUUGCAGCAGCAGUACAACAGUCAUCAACAAACCAUCGGCACGGGAAUUAAAUUCUAUUAACUCAAAACACUCCGCAUCGACUUCUUUAACAACCAAUAAUUCCAACACGGGCUCAUCAAUCUACGUCAACAGGAAUAUAUCCAAGAGCUAUGAUUUCAAUGGGUUAGACAGAGGUAACCUAAUUACGGAGGAGUUUGAUCUGAUUGGUGACAAACAUGAUGAAGAUGGGUUCUUCAAGAGAAUUUUGAAUUACAGUUUUAAGAAAAAGAAACACGAGCAGGGUUACAGGGAGGAACAUUCCCAUCAAUCAGUGAUCGUUCCGGUUGCCGGCUCUCGAAAAGAUGAUAAUACAAGUACCAUUUACAUAACAUCCAGUGGUACAGAACCUGUUAUGAAGCUAUCCCUUCCGAUUUGUGAAACAGACGGACCAGAAAUAACCGGAUACAAGAAAAUCAAGGCAGGGCCAGCUGCCCGACAAAGAGUUUUCCCAAAAGAUAUUUUCAACUCAGAAAUUGACGGACCUCGCGAAGGCCAACGGUAUUCAUCAAACGUGGAGGUCAACCGUCAUCCGACUUCUGCCAACGGCAUCAUAAUCGGCGAUUCGAAAAUUAUCCAACACAAAAGUGAAGAAUAUUUAGUGUCCAAAACAAGAAAGCUAUCGGAGCGAAGCUUCGACGAUGAAGAUGAUGAAGAAGAAGCAUUCAGGAAAUACCAACCUAAUACUGAUAAAGUGAAGAAUACGAAAAUCAACGGAGUAAGUCCGUAUCAGCAGCGUGUUAUGAAGAUUUCAAUCCAUCAGAAUGAAUCGCCCAAGCAAAGUCCAACCAAACGCAAGGCUGUAGAGAAGUCCAAGAGUUUCCGAGUUUACAGUGAUAAUGUUUCCAACAAUUUAACCAACGCUAAAAACCUACCAAGUCUUCCCAAUCUAACGAAUUCUCUUUCGAUCGGUAACUUCAGCAACAACUUCCUAGAAACAGAACACAAAUUCUUUAGCAUGACAGAGAAUAUCAACAACGGAAAUCCGAAGAUCUUCAAGGAUUACAUCACUAAUGUUGACGAUAUUUCUGACGAGGGUAGGAUGACAACAUCGAAUAGCUCUCUGCAGAAGUUUGAAAUCAACGACAACAAUUUGUUGAAUCCCCGAGAACACGAACAUUUUGACCACCAACCAAAAUCGAUUGUACUAACUACGAAUAGUAUCGCGCCACCGGAACCCAGCAGUAUGCUGAACAAGUCCAAUCAGAACAUUUCUCAGAUUGAGGAGACCAUCGACAAACUGGUAUCUUCUCCGUUCGUCAGUAUUAUCAAGGACGCCGGAAGUAAUGAUCGAUUGGAGCAGCAUGAAAAGCCGCACCCGGCAUCGAACGGUUUACCAGAAUUCAUGAAAAUUCAGCUAAAUAAAGUGGAAAAUCCGCGUUCAAAAUCAAAUAUCGUACUGUUGACCUCGACUCCGGCUAGUAGCAUACAUCCCACACCAUCACCCAGUCCCGCGAUUCCUUCAAGUGCUUGUUCCGGAGAUGAAUCGCAAGUCAAACUACGCCGCUUUAGUAAUGAAAACAUUGAAAUAACCGAGAACAAGCCGCCUCUGCCUCCUUCAGUGGUGCUUGCCGGAUCGCGAGUUAGCUCCGUGGAAGUACCGAAGAGUCCUCCAGCUUUUAAGCGUGGAGAGCUGGGAUCGAAACGUAGUUCGAUCAACCUAUCACAAGAGAUUUCGGACGACAGGAAGGUAAUCCUACAGCGCCGAACUUCAGUCACGGAGGAAAAGAUCAAGUACGAGCGUCGCAUUUCUUCGUCAUCGGAGGAUAUCAAAAUCGAACGGAAGAAAUCCGGUUCGGAUGAAGUUUUUGAGAAAAGGAACAGCAACUAUAAUAGUGGCUCGAGCAGCGGUGAUGAGCUGGUGGUGCUGCGCAAGAAGGCGAUCGUCGAUAACUUUAAGGAUAAGGACAAGGACACACCGGAAUUGAUGAAGGUGUUUGCUAGGCGAUCACUGAAGCUUCGAUCGGAUGAGGAUUACCGAAGCACAGAUGUGAAACCGUUGACAAAUGUGGAUAGCGACAAGGAAAAUCAAUCCAGCGAUGAAAAGUUGGACAAAAUCGUAAAACCGGAGGGGACUCCGGUGGUUGCUAAAAAUAUCGGAACUGGAUUGACAAAGGAAUCGAUCGAUGGUAAAACUACACCCGACAGCAAUGCCAACGAAGUAUUGCGCAAAAAUACACCGAAACCGUUCGGUGUACCGAACCGAUUCGGCAAUACGGGAAAUGUGCAAUGCAGAAAUUCAACAUCGUUUUCAGAACUGCGCAAAUCAUUGCUGCCAAGCAAUGUGGUUGCACCUACUACGCAGAAUAACAACAACAACAACACAAACAACAAUGCUGUAAAAAAUGGAACCGAAAGUAAUGAAUCUUCUGGGUUGAACAACACCAACAACAACAAUAAUAAUAAUAGCAAUCGCCAUACUAUUGCCACCAUGAAUCAGUUUAAUCUGAAUGCUAACAAUAUCAACAACAACACUUGCAGCAGUGUCAACGGGAACGGGACAACUAUUGAAACUAUUGAAGACACUAACGAGUUCAAAGGUAUCUUGCAGCGUCGAGCGGAAUGGGAGAAAAGAGCUAAGGAAGGCUUCAAGUAAAGUUAUUAUUUCUCCAAACGCACGGUGACCGAAGAACUGAAUAAAAACCACUACAGGCAAAGCGUCCAAUUUGCUCAAAUUGAAUUUGAUAUCUUGCAAAUUACUAACGUUACGAACCACUGUAGAUCAGUAGGAAGUAUUGGAUUGAAAUUAGUUCAAUGUACGUGACACUUCUGCUCAUAGCCGAUGUAGUUUCGUUUGAAAGUUUCAUCGCAGGGAACAUCCUUUGCUCACACACAGAAGGAAGUUAGUAUUAACUAUUGUCCUGUAAACAGGUUCGACUUCCGUCAAAAGUAGUUUUUCGUAGUGUGUUCUUGAAUAGAUCUCCCCACCGAGCUGAAACGAUUAAGAAUGAGACCCUGUAAAUCUGAAUUUAAUCUACACUGAGAUGUCAUGAACUACAAUCAUUGCAAGAAAAAACGUUAUGUUUCCAAUUCUUGUCGUUUGUAGAUAGAAGAAGGAAUUGUUAAUGCCUCUAGCAAUGGAUAUGUGAAUGUUGAAUAAUGUUUUCUUUCUUGAACUUGUUUGCGCAGUUAGGCCUUGAUAACUAUAUAUUGAAAUUCGGUUGCUUCUAUGUACGACUUACUCACCUAUUUAAAAUGAUAAUCAAAACAAAAAAAUGAAUAAACUUAAUUAGUAAUCAUUUCAAUACUAAAACAAAUGUGAUAAACUAUAAAAUUUACAUAUAUUAAAACACGAUAUUUUUAGACAUUUAUUGAUAAUCGGUACUUUAACAAGUGUAUAUUUUCAACUCUUAGGACCAGAAGCCCCAAAAUUUACUGUAGCGAUGCGAUCGAUUUUUUAUAUCUAUUCCGAUAAUAUUAUUGAUUUUUUUGAUACAUCGUAUGUAGUGAUGAGCGCUAACUGUAAGUUAGUUUUAUAUUGAAUGAAAAAAUACUUGUUGAAUUUUGCAUUAAACUAUUGUACAUAUAAAAGGAUCGGAUUUGUCUAUCGAUAGGCUGCAGUAUUCAAACUGAACUUUUUUGACAAAGAGCAAAGCCUUUGUUUCUACAUUCACAAUAUAAUUAGCAUAUUGGUAACACAUAUACAUACUUGUAUUUAGCAGUGAUUGCAUUCGAUAUAUUUCACUGGUUUCCAAUUUUAUUCUAGAGCAAAGCUGAAUCAAAACAGUUGUUUGGUGAAUACUAGCUACUAUCACAGUACAUAGUCUUAUCUGAGUGUUGUAGAUUUUUUCCCACGAAGUCUUCAAACACGCAUUUGCUAAUCGAGAAUUGUAGAAAUAUAGACACCAUUCUGCUCCAUAUCCUCGGGAUACACAUUUAGCCUAGUGAGAUGUUAGCAACAGAAUUUUGACGGACCGUUGAUCGCAAUUAUUCAGAAAGAGAAAGAGCAUGAAUAAAUAAUAAAACCUGUAGUUGGAAAAUCAAUGUAAAUGAAUUCCAUUGAUGAGCAUAAAUAAAGCAACUAAAAAUGAU